UAAGUGAAGUAAAGAAAAGACAGAAGACGGCAGAGGAAUCUAGAUAAACCUAGUUUCGUGGUCCAAAAAUCUUACUAUUUGCAAUGGCGAAGAAGAAGGUGCUGAUGCUAUGUGGCGAUUUUAUGGAAGAUUCUGAGGCGAUGGUUCCAUUUCAAGCAUUACAAGCAUUUGGGGUGGCUGUAGAUGCUGUUUGCCCUUCUAAAAAAUCCGGUGAUAUUUGUCGCACUGCUAUUCACCAAACUACUUCUCACCAGACGUAUUCAGAGAGCCGUGGUCACAACUUUACUCUCAAUGCUACAUUUGAUGAGAUUGAUCCGAGCACAUAUGAUGGCCUGGUUCUACCAGGAGGACGGGCUCCAGAAUAUCUUGCCAUGAAUGACAAUGUACUUCAGCUGGUGACACAUUUUGUCAAAUCUGGAAAACCUGUUGCUUCCAUCUGUCAUGGACAGCUUAUCUUGGCUGCUGCUGAUGUUAUUAGUGGUCGAAAAAUUACAGCGUAUCCUUCUGUUGGACCCGUGGUUGUUGCUGCUGGUGCUCAUUGGGUAGAGCCCGAGACCUUGGCAUCAUGCACCGUUGAUGGAAAUAUUAUCACUGGAACAACUUACUAUGGUCACGCAGAGUAUAUCCGUCAUUUUUUGAAGGCGUUAGGAGGCACUGUAACUGGUUCCAACAAACGGAUUCUAUUCCUCUGUGGGGAUUACAUGGAAGAUUACGAGGUAUAUGUUCCUUUUCAGUCCCUUGAAGCUCUUGAAUGUCAGGUCAAUGCUGUUUGCCCCAACAAAAAAGCGGGAGAUAUGUGUCCUACAGCUGUCCAUGAUUUUGAGGGGGACCAGACAUACAGCGAAAAAGAAGGACAUAAUUUCAAUCUAACAGCUAACUUCAGUGAUGUUGAUGCUUCAAGCUAUGAUGCUCUUGUCAUCCCUGGAGGUCGGGCUCCGGAAUACCUUGCCCUAGACCAAGCAGUUAUCAAACUGGUCAAGGAUUUUAUGGAGGCUGGAAAGCCAGUGGCAUCAAUCUGCCAUGGCCAACAGAUUCUGGCUGCUGCUGGUGUUCUCAAGGGAAAAAAAUGUACUGCAUAUCCUGCUGUCAAGCUUAAUGUGGUUUUGGCUGGUGCAACCUGGUUAGAACCUGAUCCAAUACAUCGUUGCUUUACUGAUGGAAAUUUAGUUACGGGAGCAGCCUGGCCAGGACACCCUGAGUUCAUUGCUCAGUUUAUGUCAUUGCUUGGUAUAAAGGUAUCUUUCUAGUGUCAUUCCAUGUUUGUACCUGUAGCAACACUUACAUAUAAAAGAAACAUCAAAGUAUGUUUGGUACUGUAAUCUUCCAACUAUGUUGAAAGGAACAUCCAAAACAUAUUUGCAUAAUAAUACGGGUAAUAAUUAACAUUUUGCUAUA